CGCAACCCCGUUGGUUUAGUCGUUAAGGUUUUAUAUACAUACAUACAUAUAUAUAUAUAUAUAUAUAUAUAUAUAUACAAUCUGGCCUGGCGGGCGACGGCUGCAGGUGACGGGAGUGGGGUUGGUGGUGAUGAUGCCGGUGAUAGGGAGGUGGUCGGAUGUGUACGGCAGGAAAGCACUAAUGACGGUUCCCAUGACGGCGUGCAUCGUACCGGUGGCCAUACUGGCGGUGGGGAGGACGGAGAAGUUUUACUAUGCCUACUUCGUCUGCCGCACCCUGUCGGGGAUUGUGUGUGAUGGGGCAAUUCAAUGCCUGGCUCUGGCUUAUGUGGCGGACAGGACAACGGAUGGGCAGAGGGCUUCCGCUAUUGGCAUACUGGCUGCCAUUGGUUCUGCUGCUUUCGUCUGUGGAACAUUAGCUGCUCGCUUCUUCUCUACUCCCCACAUCUUUAUGUUUGCCACAGUUGUAUCAAUGGUGGCCGCCGUGUACAUGAGAAUAUUCCUUUCAGACACAACACCUUGCUGCUGCUGCUGUCAUAUGAUUCAAAGUGAUGCCACUGCGAACCGUCUUGGGAAGACGUCAGAACCUGAAAAAGCCACAGAAAAUGGUGGUGCUCCACUGUUGCUGGACUAUCAUCAUCAUCACACACAGCAGAAAAAUCAAGCAUCCAUCGCCUUCUUAAAUAGUGUGGCAGAAGGAGGAGAGCAAGCUCCCUUCCAGUACUACCUAAAAGCCCGAUUUCACUUCAAGAAAAACAACUUUGCUGAUAUAAUGCUAAUUAACAACCUGGGAUCAACCCUCUCACAGCUAUUGCUGUUUCCAAUGUUGGCACCUUUAGUUGGAGAGGAGGUUUUGCUUUGCAUUGGACUCUGUGCCGGAUUCUGUAACGUUCCAUACGUUGCUUCUCUGUUCCCAAUCUUGAUUUCCUUGGUAAAACCAGGGCUACAAACCAUUGUUUCUAAACAAGUUGGAAGGAAUGAGCAGGGAACUGCCCAAGGGUGCAUUUCGGGCUUAAGUUCAUUUGGUAACAUCAUAUCUCCCCUCAUAUUCAGCCCCUUGACCGCUCUGUUCCUAUCAGAUGCGGCUCCUUUCCCGUAUCAAGGCUUCAGCAUCUUGUGUGUCGGCAUUGCUUGGCUGAUAGCUUUCGUUCCGGGUGCAAUGAUGAUAAAGCUAGCUCCUCUUACUCCUCAUCCACCCAUCAUCCCCGUCGUCCCAUCCUCUGAUCUAUCCGUUGUUCUAUAGUGUUCCUUCAUUCAUGUUAUUAAUCAAUGAAGCUAUAUAUU